UCUAUUCAAGAAUCCGAAGUUCUCUGGUUAACGAUUUCGAAAAACCGCAAACAGGUCCAGGUUCAGUGUGUCAUUAUUCCCAUUUUCGUUUCUGGCAGCUCUUCACCGCAUUGGUUCGAAUAAAGUCUCCGCAUUUCAAAUCAUUGUCAAUUUACACCAUGCUUCACGCCUUUCUCCUCGGAGUAUAAAUACUAACACGCCAUAAUCCCGUUCUUCUUCAACCUCUAGCGGCUCGCUUUUUAGUUCAAACUCUCAACAAGGAGAGUUGAAAAGAAGGAGAUGGCGUUCACUGAGUUCCGGCCGGUUGACGAGAAGUUGUUGAUAGAGUACAUAAAAGCGACUCCUGCUCUCUCUGCGAGAAUCGGGGAGAAGUAUGAUGAUUUGGUGAUUAAAGAGGUUGGAGAUGGUAAUCUUAAUUUCGUUUACAUCGUUGUCGGCUCUUCUGGCUCCUUCGUCAUCAAGCAGGCCCUUCCGUACGUUCGAUGUAUUGGGGAAUCUUGGCCGAUGAGUAAGGAACGGGCCUAUUUUGAGGCGUUGGCUUUGAAAGAACACGGUGCAUUAUGUCCUGCUCAUGUUCCUGAAGUUUAUCAUUUUGACCGUACAAUGUCUUUAACUGGUAUGCGGUACUUGGAGCCUCCGCAUAUAAUUCUGAGAAAAGGAUUGAUUGCUGGAAUUGAGUAUCCACUGCUUGCGGAGCACAUGUCUGAUUACAUGGCAAGGACUCUUUUCUUCACAUCCCUUCUAUACCAUACCACCACAGAGCACAAACGUUCAGUUGCUGAAUUUUGUGGAAACGUGGAGCUUUGUCGGCUGACUGAACAGGUUGUUUUUUCUGACCCAUACAAAAUAUCUCAACAUAACCGUUGGACUUCUCCUUACCUUGAUCUUGAUGCUGAGGCUGUGCGUGAGGAUAAUAUUUUAAAGCUUGAAGUUGCUGAGUUAAAAUCAAAGUUCUGUGAAAGAGCUCAAGCCCUAAUACAUGGUGAUCUGCACACCAGUUCUAUUAUGGUUACUCAGGAUUCAACCCAGGUUAUAGAUCCGGAAUUUGCAUUUGUUGGACCAAUGGGUUUUGAUGUUGGAGCUUAUUUAGGGAAUUUGAUUUUGGCUUAUUCUGCACAAGAUGGACAUGCUGAUCAGAGGAAUGACAGGAAAUCAUACAAGCAGUGGAUUUUGAGGACAAUUGAGCAGAGUUGGAAUCUCUUCCACAAAAAAUUCAUUGCACUUUGGGAUGAACACAAAGAUGGUGCUGGAGAAGCAUAUCUUCCAGCAAUCUACAACAAUGCAGAGGUUUGGAAGCUUAUGCAAGAAAAGUUUAUGGAGGAUUUGUUCCACGACACCCUUGGAUUUGGUGCUGCCAAAAUGAUCAGGAGAAUAGUAGGUGUAGCCCAUGUUGAAGAUUUUGAAUCAAUAAAAGAUGCUAGCAAACGAGCAGAUUGUGAGCGAGAGGCUCUUGAAAUUGCAAAGACACUUCUCAAGCAAAGGCGAAAAUUCAGUUCCAUCAAUGAGGUCAUUUUGGUGAUUCAGCAACUUCAGAAAUGAUAAAUUCCUAUUUAAAGUAAGAUUCUCUUGCCUGUGAUUUUGAGGUGUUUGAAUAAGCGUAUGCAGAAUCUAAUUUGCUAUUGCUAUUGCUAUCACGAUGUUAAUGGUAAAGUGUUCCAUGCUUUAGGGCCUUGAAUAUAUUGCACUGAGCAAAUACACAAUCUUUAUGAGCAUGGAAGUGUUGUCUUCCCCACAAUUUUUUCUUACGGGCAUCCUCUGUGUCGUUGCUACUAGCAAACGCUUUACGAGAAUACUUUUUUAUGAGCUGCUACUAGCAAAAUUAUGCUUAAGUUCAUGUUGUAUUACUGUGCAACUUUAUUUCUCAUAGCUUGCCUAGUACUCAAUGUCAGAGCUGGAAUUAACUUCUCUUACCAAACAGCUGAAGAAAUUAAAAAAAAAAAAAGCAACCAUCAAGAGGGUUUAGCCUUGUACUCAAAA